GGAUCAGCAGCAGCUCCGGCAGGCGCCCCUUCUUCCCCUUCCCUGCGAUUGCUCCCCAGGACCCCGGCGCUCGGAGCUCCCCGCACGCACCCCGAGCCCGGGCUCAGCCCCAGCCCUGGCCCCGGCCCCGGCCCCGGGAGGGGGGGGGUGCGUGCGGUGGGGGAUGCCCCAGCGCCCGCAGGGGACCCCCGGCCUCGGGCUUCCCCAGCUGGGACGGACCCCCAGGGGUGCUGCCUCCGCUCUCCAUCCCAGGCCGGAGCGGGGCCGGACCCUCGUCGUGCACCCUGACCCCUGAGGGGGGGCUCUAGCCGAGGAUCCCACCCGGCCUCGGGGGCCCCAACACUUGGGCCCCGGGAGGAUCAUUCUACCUCGACUUCCCCUCAAUAAGAACUCUGUAACCAGCUUCUCCUGCCCCUCCCCCAAGGGCCUGCCACCUGAGGACCCCCCUCUUCUAGCUGCCCCCCAGGGACUGACUGGUUGCUUGGUAGGGCCCUGGGGGGGAGGCAGGGGGCGUAGUUCUUGUCUCUGAGCCCCUCGUUACCAGGUCCGUACCCUGGCCAGCAUGGGUCAGCCAGGGGCUCCCUGUUAGCCAGGACUUUGGCAGAGUAGGCAUCUGGUAGUGGGGGGACACCUUCCCCUCCCCCCGUGCCCCCCGACGCUGCGGCCCCCUUAGUCACCAUGGACACCAAGCUGCCCCCAGCGAGCACCCCGACCAGCCCUUCCUCCCCCGGGCUGUCCCCAGUCCCCCCGCUGGACAAAGUAGACGGCUUCUCUCGGAGGUCCCUCCGGCGGGCCCGGCCCCGGCGCUCCCACAGUUCUUCCCAGUUCCGAUACCAGAGCAACCAGCAGGAGCUCACCCCCCUGCCGCUGCUCAAGGAUGUGCCGGCCUCGGAGCUCCACGACUUGCUGAGCCGGAAGCUGGCCCAGUGUGGGGUCCUCUUCGACUUCCUGGAUUGUGUGGCCGACCUGAAGGGGAAAGAGGUGAAGCGGGCGGCCCUCAACGAGCUGGUGGAGUGCGUGGGGGGCACCCGGGGCGUCCUCAUCGAGCCGGUGUACCCCGACAUCAUCCGCAUGAUCUCGGUGAACAUCUUCCGGACGCUGCCGCCCAGUGAGAAUCCCGAGUUUGACCCUGAGGAGGAUGAACCCAACCUGGAACCUUCCUGGCCACACCUGCAGCUGGUCUACGAGUUUUUCCUGCGUUUCUUGGAGAGUCCGGACUUCCAGCCCUCAGUGGCCAAGAGAUACGUGGAUCAGAAGUUCGUGUUGAUGCUCCUGGAGCUGUUCGAUAGCGAGGACCCCCGGGAGCGCGAGUACCUCAAAACCAUCCUGCACCGCGUCUACGGCAAGUUCUUGGGCCUUCGCGCUUACAUCCGAAAGCAAUGCAACCACAUCUUCCUGCGGUUCAUCUACGAGCUGGAGCACUUCAAUGGCGUGGCCGAGCUGCUGGAGAUCCUAGGGAGCAUCAUCAAUGGCUUUGCUUUGCCCCUGAAGACUGAGCACAAGCAGUUCUUGGUCCGCGUGCUGAUCCCCCUACACUCAGUCAAAUCUCUCUCCAACUUCCAUGCCCAGCUGGCGUACUGCGUGGUGCAGUUCCUGGAAAAGGAUGCGACCCUGACCGAGCACGUGAUCCGGGGAUUGCUCAAAUACUGGCCCAAAACCUGCACCCAGAAGGAGGUGAUGUUCCUGGGGGAGAUGGAGGAGAUUCUGGACGUCAUCGAGCCCUCCCAGUUUGUCAAGAUUCAAGAACCCCUCUUCAAACAGAUUGCUCGCUGUGUCUCCAGCCCCCACUUCCAGGUUGCAGAGCGGGCUCUGUAUUUCUGGAACAAUGAAUACAUCCUGAGCCUCAUUGAGGACAAUUGCCACACCGUGCUGCCUGCUGUGUACGGGACCCUCUACCGCGUCUCCAAGGAGCAUUGGAACCCGACCAUCGUGUCUCUGAUCUACAACGUGCUUAAAACCUUCAUGGAGAUGAACGGGAAGCUGUUCGAUGAGCUCACGGCUUCUUACAAACUGGAGAAGCAGCAGGAGCAGCAGAAGGCCCGGGAGCGGCAGGAGCUGUGGAAGGGCCUGGAGGAGCUCCGGCUGCGGAGGCUGCAGGGGGCGGACGAGCCUCCGCCGCAUCGGCCGGGGGCCAGGCCGGCCCCGGGAGGGGAGCAGAGCUAGAGGCCCCCGCCCCCCACAUACACACAGGCAGUUGAAGCAUUCACCCCAGCCCCACUGCUCCCCACCCCCAGCCCGCCCCCCGGGGGCCACUGCAAGGCACGACCCCCCACCCGAGCACGGACCUGGGGCCGGAGGGGAGGGGCCGCAGACGGACUUGACGGGCCGAGGGCCCGGGAGCUGUCGGCACAGGGUGGGCGCUCCCCCGGGCCGGGCUCUGCAGCUUCAGGAGUCCCGUUCCCCCCUCCCCCCCAAGCCCCCGGAACCCCUGCCAGGACCCUGGGAGCACCUCGUGCCAGCGCGAGGCCUUCCCUCUCUCCCCGCCCACCCCACGGGCUCCAGGCCAUAUUUAUUGCCCUCCCCCGGCCUCAGUCUGGGGCACCCCCUCCCCCCUGCAGAACUUCUUCCCCUUUUUAUUUAUUGGGCAGGGAGUAGAUAGGGGAGGGGUCGGGGAGAGGGGCUCCCAAGGUCCUGGGGAAGGGGGGUUCCUACAUGAAUCAUGAUCUGCUCCCUCUUCCCACUCUUGGGGGUGGACUCAAUAAAGAGAAAAACUCCGAA